AUGUUUGACAUAGGAUUUUAUCCCUCAGGAAGCAGGCAAUAUGGUGGGCAGGGCUCAUAUCCUUCUGGAGGCAAGCAAUAUGGUAAACCAGGUUCCUCUUCCUCAGGAGGCAGUCAACAAGGAAAGCCAGGCGGCUCUAGCUCAGGAAGCACUUACUCUGGGAAACCGCACUCCCCUUACUCAGGCGGCAGUCAAGUGAGCUCUGCUGGGAAACACUCCACUCCCCAACUCCUGAUGAUAUUCAGCGUUUUGAGUGCCUUUGCUCUCUCUGCUGCUGUAUCAAAAUGGUCUAUAUGAACUUCUGAAGUGUUACUUGACAUCCCAAACACAGAUUACAUUCUGUAUUAUUAGAUUACUUAAUGUAAAGAAAAAAAUACCAUUAAGUCAAAUUGGCAGAUGCUACUUGGCUGUUAUGUUUCAUGUCUAGCUGGUAUGUCAUGCCCCUCAUUAGUUUACCUCUGGUUUUAGUCAUUAGUAGAUACCAUUAGUUGUGUCAGUGUUUUACGCAUCAUUUUAAGAGAGCACAUUAUACCCUACCUAUAUGAUUUAUUUUUAUUUCCAAUAGUGAAUG